GUUAGUCUGAGUACCAGGGACGGAGACACUUCCACAUUUCUAUUAAUGGGCAACGGCCGUGUCAAUGCAUGUUAAGAAAGCGAUAAACGCCAGAAGCGGCGACUUCACUCACAGCCCGGGGUGUUGCAAAAUCUCCGAGUUCACUGCGGAGCCUCCCUGGUUGCUCUGAUAAAAGCUUGUUGCGUACUUAAAAACAAUCUUGGUAGAAGUGCUUAAAAUCCCAGAUUUCAAAAUGCAAGGGUAUAUCCAGGAGUCAGAUUUUACCUUGGUUGAAGAAGGCUUUUUGGCCAGAGACUUGAUGGAGGAAAUCAUUAAUGAAGUCUCACAGACUGAGGAUCGUGAUGCCUUUUUUGUGGCUGAUCUAGGGGAUGUGGUAAGGAAACAUCUCCGUUUUCUGAAAGCCUUGCCUCGUGUGAAGCCUUUCUAUGCAGUGAAGUGUAACAGCAGCAAAGGAGUGGUGAAGAUCUUGGCUGAGCUGGGAGCUGGAUUUGACUGCGCCAGCAAGACAGAGAUUGAGCUAGUCCAGGACGUUGGUGUGGCACCAGAACGUAUCAUCUAUGCCAACCCAUGCAAGCAGAUUUCCCAGAUUAAGUAUGCAGCUAAGAAUGGUGUCCAAAUGAUGACGUUUGACAAUGAAGUAGAGCUUUCCAAGGUGUCAAGAAGCCAUCCCAAUGCAAGAAUGGUUCUGCGUAUAGCAACGGAUGACUCUAAAUCCUCUGCUCGUUUAAGUGUGAAAUUUGGCGCCCCCUUAAAAUCCUGCAGACGCUUAUUGGAAAUGGCUAAAAACCUCAGUGUGGAUGUCAUUGGUGUUAGUUUCCACGUUGGUAGUGGAUGCACUGAUUCCAAGGCCUAUACUCAGGCUAUUUCUGAUGCACGCUUGGUUUUUGAAAUGGCAUCUGAGUUUGGGUACAAAAUGUGGCUGCUGGAUAUUGGUGGUGGCUUCCCUGGAACAGAGGAUUCCAAAAUUAGAUUUGAGGAGAUUGCAGGUGUAAUAAAUCCAGCACUGGACAUGUAUUUCCCUGAGAGCUCUGACGUGCAAAUUAUCGCUGAACCAGGAAGAUAUUACGUAGCAUCUGCUUUUUCAUUGGCUGUUAACGUUAUUGCUAAGAAAGAAGUGGAACACUCUGUAUCUGAUGAUGAGGAAAAUGAGUCCAGCAAAAGCAUCAUGUAUUAUGUUAAUGAUGGAGUGUAUGGAUCCUUUAAUUGCUUGGUCUUUGAUCAUGCUCAUCCAAAACCAAUCCUCCACAAGAAACCUUCUCCAGAUCAGCCAUUAUACACCAGUAGCCUUUGGGGACCCACGUGCGAUGGCUUAGAUCAGAUUGCAGAGCGCGUUCAGCUGCCUGAGCUUCAUGUUGGCGACUGGCUUUUGUUUGAGAAUAUGGGUGCAUACACCAUAGCAGCAUCUUCCAAUUUCAAUGGUUUCCAGCAGUCUCCAGUACAUUACGCCAUGCCCCGUGCUGCUUGGAAAGCUGUUCAGUUGCUGCAGAGAGGAUUACAGCAAACCGAGGAGAAAGAAAAUGUGUGCACCCCUAUGUCUUGUGGCUGGGAGAUUUCUGAUUCCUUGUGCUUCACUCGUACCUUUGCAGCCACCAGCAUCAUCUGAAUUCCUGCAUCAUGGGAGUGACAUGCAGAUGCUUGUCUUAGCGUAGCUUGUCUCUUGUUUUUAAGUAUGCAACAUAAAGCAUUUUUACCUUCCUGUAUUUGUCUCUGUAUCAUCUGGGAGCAAUUUAUGCAUAAGAAACGGAUAUUUUUAUCAUUAAUUGCAUGCAGCCACCGACAUCAAUUGAUUUUCAUUAAAUUUUUUUUCAUUUGA